AUGCCUAGCCUGCUGGUUCUAGCAGGGAUCAUGGAGAAAAAUGGGGGCUACGGCGGGGAUCUGGCCGGCUCCGGCUUCGGAAGCGAGGGUCUCCUUGUGCCGCCCGACGAGGAGGAAGACGACUCCCGUGCCCUCAGGGUCGCGCUGGGCCAGUUGUCUCUGCUGGGGCUCGGGGAAGGCGAGGACGGCGGCGGAGCCCCAACAACGGGAGUACAGGACCGGAGUAACAAUAACAACAACCACCACAACCACACGAACAGCGUCGGGGGCGGCGGGGACGCGGCGAUCCUGCAAGGGAAGACCAAGUUGUGCGCCCUGUACGAGAGCUCCUCAAGUGAGACGAAAGGACGAGGCUGCAACAUAACAGAAUGCGUCCCAGUGCCCAGCUCUGAACAUGUGGCCGAAAUAGUGGGGAGACAAGGUUGCAAGAUCAAAGCCCUGCGGGCCAAGACCAACACCUACAUCAAAACACCCGUUAGAGGAGAGGAGCCUGUAUUCUUAAUCACUGGCCGGAAGGAGGAUGUUGCACUGGCCCGCCGUGAAAUCAUCUCUGCUGCAGAGCACUUCUCCAUGCUCCGGGCGUCCCGCAACAAGCUGGGGGUGUCCUUUAGCGGCUCCCCGCCCACACCUUUGCCAGGUCAGACCACCAUCCAGGUGAGAGUGCCAUACCGUGUUGUGGGGUUGGUAGUGGGGCCCAAGGGCUCCACCAUCAAACGCAUUCAGCAGCAAACCUGUACUUACAUCGUCACUCCCAGUCGAGACCGCGACCCUGUCUUUGAAAUCACAGGGUCGCCGAGCAACGCCGAGCGCGCCCGCGAGGAGAUUGAAGCACACAUCGCCUUCCGAACAGGAGGCCUGCAUGACCACAACAAUGAGAAUGACUGUCUGGGGCCGAACGGUGGAAGCAGCCCAGCGGGCAGCAGUGGUGGUCUGGAGAGCCGGCUACAGCAGGUGUGGGGGCUGCAGGGGGGCCAGCGCAAGCCUCUCACCAGCAGCUACCGCCAGAACUUCUCAGAUGCCAUGGUUGGAGGGGGAGGGGGAGGAGGAGGUGAAGGAGGGGGAAUCUACAACAAGGGCAACUUCUCUAGCUCUGGAGAGAAGCCUUGCUCUUAUUUUGGAUCCGAGGGAACCCAGAGCUGGGGUGACCCUGACUACCCCAAACAGGUGGCCUUCUACGCCCAGCAGCGUUCCAAGAGCUUUGGAGGCCUCCCGCUCCCCCUCACCAGACUCUCCCCUGGCCUACCCGAGUCCUGCGGAGGUGGAAGCACCAACAACUCUUCAGUCACCAGCAUUGUGCCCGUAGCCGGCUCACCUCAUGCCCAGGCCCGCCGCGCCCACAGUGAGCCAACCUCAGCCGGCGAGGGUUUCCCAGGCCGCCUGCCAGUGCCGGACUCGCCGCCGGCCACUGUGCGGGACUGCAUGACCUGCUUUGAGAGCAAAGUGACGGCUGCCUUGGUGCCCUGUGGCCAUAACCUCUUCUGCAUGGAGUGUGCCAUCCGAAUCUGUGAGCUCAACCACCCAGAGUGCCCAGUGUGCCACACCCAGGUCACACAGGCCAUCCGAAUAUUCUCUUAA